GAUAACAUAACGUGUGUCCUGCCAUUGGUCCAGCUGACAACUGCAUACUGCUAUGACAAAUUUCGGUGUAGGAAUGCCGAGAUAGUUUGAUAUGAACCACGGAAAUAACUCAGAUUGUAGUAGACAAGGACAAGCAGCAGCCCGCGGUAAUGAUGAUGGAAGUUCAGACGAAGAACUCGCCCAGUUCCACAGAGGCGUUGCUGAGGCUGCUGGAGUAGUGGCAAGCACAGAACCAGUUCAAGCAGUAGCAGAGGUAACAGCUACAUCAAGAGAGGAGAGGCUUGCUCGUAAACUGAAAACCAUAGACUCAGUCACAUCACCAAGAUCAAGUAUUGAUGUUUCUGACAACGAUGGCCCAAGAGAGCCCAGAAGAAGUCCCACCAGAGAAGGAAUGCCAAUAAAAGAAAACAAUGCGCCAAGGAAUUUUUCUCAGAGCACUUCAUCUGCUUUCGCUCCAGCAACAUACAGAGUUACUCCAAGAAUGUCAUCAUCUGUUAUUUCAAGUAGAUAUGGUUCAUCUAUGUCACUACCAGACAGGGUGACACUUGUAGUUGAUGAAACUAGAUUUGUCACAGAUCCACAGUUAUUCCUCAAAAUGCCUGAUACCAUGCUUGGAAGAAUGUUCACUUCACAUUCAGACUAUAUGAAGGCAAAUGAAAAAGGGGAGUUUGAAGUUGCCAAAGGUUUAUCAUCUGCUGUAUUCAAAAUUAUCAUGGAAUUUUAUAAAAAGGGAACAAUGACUUGCACACCAAAUGUGACAAUACCUGAACUGAGAGAAGCAUGCGAUUACUUGCUGAUACCAUUUGAUGCUGGCAUAAUAAAAUGCCAAAAUUUAUGCGAUCUUCUGCAUGAAAUCUCAAAUGAAGGUGCAAGGGAGCAAUUCAAGUAUCAGUUUCUUGAACAACAUAUUCUACCUGUCAUGAUUUCUUGUGCAAAGCGAGGAAACAGAGAGUGUCAUUUGGUUGUCCUUCAAGACGACGACACAGUUCAAUGGGAUGAAGAUUAUCCACCAAACAUGGGGGAGGAAUUUGUUGAAAUCAUUCAUAGUACCCCGUUGCUGCGCUUUUUCAAAUACUUUGAGAACAGGGACGUUGCGAAGGAGGUACUCAAAGACCGUGGACUAAAAAAGGUCAAACUCGGUAUUGAAGGGUACCCGACACAUAUGGAAAAGCUGAAAUUUAAACCCAAUGGCGGAAAGCCAGAAGUGAUAUAUAAUUACAUACAACGACCGUUUGUGCAUAUGUCUUGGGAGAAAGAAGAAAGCAAGAGUCGACAUGUCGAUUUUCAGUGCGUCAAGCCCAAGCAUUCAUCUGGACAUCGUGGCAUGGUUGAUGAUCUGGAUGCCCCCAUUGAAAAUGGCUUUCAAGCACCCCCUGCUCAACAUGGGGGACCUUCAGAUCCCCCAAAUGAUGUGUGGAGGGAAGAAGUACAAUGAUCCUAAAGCUGCAGUAGUUCGCUCACCGUUGCAAUGAAACAGCCGGGAACGUUAAUCUCCAACAUAAUCACGUUUGACCAGCUGUAUGGAAAGAAAACGUUCUGUUGGAUUUUCUGGUCAGGAAAAUCAGUUACCAAGUUACCAUCUCUUGUUACAUUUGAACGACAUAGUUAGGUCAUCUUAGCAAAUUGGCUUAAACUCUCGCAUCAUGUGGUUCAGUUAUUUAUACUCUGAGGCCUUAUAUGCGACAGGUACAUUGUGAGCAGCCAUGUUUGUAUAUAGGGCUUCAUCUCCUAGCAACAGCAGAUAAGGGUGCCCUGUUGAUAGAGCUUCGUUUGGAGGCUUUGCCUGGAAGAGAGAUUACACCUACAAUCUGAUCUCAAGUUGUUUAUUAAAUUUGCUGCAAUGUAUCUUGAAUGGACACGCUAGAAUUAUUUUGUUCUAGGGGUUAAAUUAAAUUGAAUUUCUAAAUAAUUUUAGAUGUAAAUUCCUUUACAAUCAAUGAAAUAUAUUAUUUACAUGAA